GAGAGAGAGAGAGAGACACAGAAUCUGAAGCAGGCUCCAGGCUCCAAGCGGUCAGCACAGAGCCCGAUGCGGGGCUCAAACUCACGAACCGUGACAUCAUGACCUGAGCUGAAGUCGGCCACUUAACCAACUGAGCCACCCAGGCGUCCCCCGUUUUUUUAAAAACAUUUUUAACGUUUAUUUAUUUUUGAGAGAGAGAGCGAGACAGCGCAAGUUGGGAAGGGGCAGAGAGGGAGACACAGAAUGUGAAGCAGUCUCCAGGUUCUGAGCUGUCAGCACAUAGCCAGACACGGGGCUCGAACCCAUGAUCCUUGAGAUCCAUGACCUGAGCCGAAGUUGGAUGCUUAACCAACUGAGCCACCCAGGUGCCUCAAGGUACAGUUUUUAAAUAGAAGCCAGAAAAGGCCUCAGUGGGAGGCCAAGGGAGAAGGAACAAAGGGAUAGAUAACUUGGAGGGAGCUCCAAGGGGCAAGAAUCUCACCACAGAAUAUGGUGACGACUUCCUCACUGAAACUGGCUUCUGUUUUUGUCCCAGCUGUAACUCAUUCGUCUAGUCAAUAAAUACUGAAUGCUCUACGUGGCAGGCACUGUUGUAAGAGGUCAGGAGCCUGGGAGUGGGUCUAGCCCUAGGAAGUAUGGCUGGGCUGCUGGGGGCUCCUUCCAGGCUUUCUUUUCCUUGUCCUCAAAUAGUGUCAACCCAGCUGGAGGCAGAGCCCGUUGAGGGCAGGCAGAUGGUCAUUUCUGAGGCAUCCCCAAAACACUGGAACCUCUAGGGGCUCCCUCCUUGCCUGCUUGGCUUCCCUGGGUCGGAGGGUGAGGCUAGCCCUACUCACACCGCAACCUUCCAUGCCCUUCCUAUGAAUAGCCUCAAUGUCCCACAAGCCAGCUCCCCCUGCCCCCGUGGGAGACCUCACAGAGUGUCAGAUUGGUAAUGGCCCCGGAAGCUGUGGGACAUUCCUUGGGCUCCCAUCCUGGGGAUGUUUAUUCUACAGGCAGGCGGAGGGUGAGAAAGGAAAGAAAAAUGUGGCAAUCUGCUGCAUCCACGUCAGCGGCACCAUCUGAGGAGGGGAGGGCUCUUCUGAGCACUUAAGUGUGUGGUGUGGGGUGGGGGGGGAAGGCGAGACAUGGGGACAUGGAACCUGCCAGCUUUGUCCGUGGUGACUCAGGCCCUUGGGCCUGCCAGCAGCCUGAGGAUAAGGAGCAGCCCUGCCUUGCCCUGCCCCGGCCUCCCACCCCUGACUUCGCCUGAUAACAAACCAGAAACUGAAACAGAGUCAGGAUUCCCGGCUUGAAGUCAGAGAUGAGUCACAGCUAAGAGCAAGUGCAGUAGCUGAGAAGUGGCACCAGAGAGGCAGACGUGAGCCGAAGGCACCAGAGGCGGGCAGCGCGUCUGCGGGUCCUGGUGACACAUGGAGAGUGGCACCGAGGUGGUGGCCAUGGACUGCGAGAUGGUGGGGCUGGGGCCCCGGGGGGAGAGCGGCUUGGCUCGUUGCAGCCUCGUGGACCUCCACGGCACCGUGCUCUACGACAAGUUCAUCCGGCCGGAAGGGGAGAUCACCGAUUACAGGACCCUGAUAAGUGGGAUCACACCUUGGCACAUGCAGGAGGCCACGCCAUUUGCCGUGGCCAGGCUGGAGAUCCUGCGGCUCCUGAAGGGCAAGCUGGUGGUGGGCCACGACCUGAAGCACGACUUCCAGGCGCUGAAGGAGAACAUGAACGACUACUCCGUUUAUGACACGUCGGUGGACAGGCUGCUGUGGCGGGAGGCCGGCCUGCAGGGCUGCGAGCGCGUCUCCCUCCGCGUGCUCAGCGAGCGCCUCCUCGGCCGGCGCAUCCAGCGUUCGGGGCUCAGCCAUCCCAGCAGACCCCCCACCCAAGACCCUCAGUCUGAAGGAGGAGCUCGAGCCGUGGGGAGCCGGUAGGACCUGGCUGUUCAGAUCUCACUGCACCCAGGACUGGCUGGAGUCUAAAGAAAGGAGAGGCAGCUGUAAAAUAAAAAUUCUUUCUCUGUGAGCUAGCAUCUUUCCUCUAAGGGACAGGAAAAGGCUGGAAGCAAGAGAUCGAGGCUGGCGCUCCUCUGUAAUGAGGAAACCCCAGGAGCCUGGACCGCAGUGCAGCCACAGGAAGGGCAGGACCUGGCCGGCAGCAGGCUGAAGGCCAGUCACUACC